CGUCAAAAGAAACACAAUCUCAUUUUGAGCACAAGGUAGAAAUACUAGAACGGUCUUUGACUUUGGCCUUUUGAAGGGAUAGAUGUGAUAGCUUCCAUUUCCUCCCAUUGCUUCAGGAUCUGUACCCACCACUGCACCAGGCCGCAGGCCAGACCUAGCUUGAAGGUAUAUGAAGUCUUUCCAGAAUUUCUGCGCUUGCAGCUGCUCAAAGUCAUACGCUAUCUGGGCUUGAAAAUAGAAGAAAUCCCAAUUUGACCACCUACCUUGCAAGCUCUUGCUUGUGAGAGCGAAGAUGGCUACCAGUGGUGCUGACUUGUACUGCAUUUGCCGAACACCUUACAGUGACGGCGUAUUCAUGAUCCAAUGUGAUCGCUGCGAAGACUGGUUCCAUGGAAGCUGUGUGGGUGUGUCUGAAGCGCAGUCAUCAUACAUUGACCAGUACCACUGCCCAGGAUGUACGGCUGCCCAUGGUCCCAUGAAAAUCAAGCCCCGGAGGAAUGUACAGCGUCAUAACUACCAAGACUUGGAGGCCGGUCGUGUUGCACAAAGUGACACGGAUCGCCUGGUUUUCAUCCGUCAGCUGCAAGCACGGUCCUUCCCCCAUGGUGAUGGCAUUGUUGAAAAGCUGAGCGGUGAGCAAAUGAACAAGGACUAUAUGGAGCGUCAUGGAUUCGCCUGGCCGAUGAAAGUCAGCGACAAGAAAGGUCUAGGAAUACAGGUGCCACCGCCUGAUUUCACCAUCACUGAUGUUGAGCAAUGCGUUGGACCGCUUCGCGAGCUCAAUGCUAUCGAUGUUGCCAUCCAGGAAGACUUCAAAAUGUGCAUGCAUGAGUGGUCUGAGUAUUUUUCUCAGCCUGUCACCAAGCGACGACGGACCCUCAACGUAAUCAGUCUGGAGUUCUCCGAUUCAAAACUUUCCGACCUCGUUCAAUCACCAUCAGUGGUACGGCAGGUUGACUGGCUAGACCUGCACUGGCCACGUGAUGCUGCUGCCCUAUCGUUACUUCCCAAGAUCCAGAAGUACGUCCUGAUGGGAACGGAAGGCUCGUACACCGACUUUCACAUCGACUUUGGCGGUUCAUCAGUCUGGUAUCACGUUCUUUGGGGUGAGAAGAUCUUCUACAUGAUUCGACCAACAAAGGAGAACCUUGACCUGUUUGAGAAAUGGAGUUCAUCACCCAAACAGAAUGAAGUGUUCUUUGGAGACCAGGUGGACAAAUGCUAUCGCUGCCGAGUCUUGCCGGGAGAGACCUUCUUCAUACCCACAGGUUGGAUUCAUGCUGUGUUAACACCAGCAGACUCACUGGUGUUUGGUGGCAACUUUCUGCAUCGCUACAACAUGCCUUUGCAGCUCUGGGUCUAUGGUAUGGAGACACGUAUCAAGAUGCAGGCGCGCCUGUUGCUUCCAGCGUUUGAAACUCUGCAUUGGUAUGCAGCCGUCCAUCUCCUGGCGGACCUGAAACGUCGAGUAAAAUCCAAUCGUGGUAGCACUGUUGUUGUACCGGCUCAUCUACAUCAAGGUGCGGAGGCUCUGCACAAAGCACUCAAAACAUGGACAAGCGAUGAGGGUAUUCGGUAUCAUGAAUCUUUCAUACCCAGCACAGUGGAUGAUGUUCAGCGGCUUAUUCACAGCUUUGGCAAGAUUCUCAAGUCAUGCAAAGCGGAUGAACCCCCACCGCCGCCCCUAGUUGUACAAUCAGCGACUAAUCCACUCAAGCUGAAGAUCAACUCGAAAGCACUUACAAUGGUGGAGGAGAGGAAGAAGAAGACCAAAGCGGAGCUUUCCAAUUCGAACAUACAAAGCAGUGCAUCAACAACACGGAACCAGCCAAUAGCCAUCGCUGUCAAGUCCAUCUCGCCGAUUAGUCUCAAAGUCAGUUUGGGCCCCAUCCCUAUGCCAGCAAGCAACAAGCACUCAAACAGCAAAUCAAGCUCGCGCUCCAAGUCGCGUGCUGGUUGGGAGAACUUUCCUGUGUCGGGUGUGAAGUCUGACGAGAGCAGUAUGAGUGCCGAGGAGGAAAGCAGCAACAGCAGUAGUACAGCAACCUCCACUGAAGAUGAAAGCGGCAGUUCGGAUUCUGACAGUGAUUCAGAUACGGCGGAGUCCAGCCAUGGCACUACAACGUUUUCUGGAACGUUUGAAAUGGCUAGCCCUGGCUUAACUGAUCCAUCACUCCCUGUUCAGCCGGCAGGAGAGGAUGAGCUCGAGGACGAGGAUUGGGUGGAGAAUGGCUUUCAGGCUAACAACCACAAGCGGAAACGGGACCGCACGCAAGGAGAUCGUACACGUGGCGUUGACUGCAGCUGGCACCCAGGCGCACCUCUCAAUGCCACGCAUACCAAGAGCAGCAAGAAGCCAUCCAGCAAAGUCCCUACUCCCAGUGCUAAGCGGCCCUGUAAAACACCUAGUCCCGAUCCAGUGACAGAGGAGCCGCCCAAGCAAGUUCAGGGCAAGCCCGUAAGCAGUAAAGUCAAGAAAGGUUCUGCCACUGCCAAGCAGAGACUUGGCAAGAAGUUGAAGCUGUGUCCGAGAAGCGUAUAUGGCCACUAGCCAGAAGAUCUGUUUCGAAAACGCUGGACUGUCCUUUCUCCUUCCAUCGUUUUACGUCUCAUCCAUUGCAUGCAGGUUACUGGUGCAAUAGUUCUUUAUAAAAUAUCUUAGAAAUUAGGGUCGUUCCUUGUACUAAGUGUGUAUGUCGCUCAUCUUAAUACCCUGCGGAAGCUGCACCACUGGCUGUCCAACAUAAGCAUUGCAUUGUACUGCAUUACUCUCCAGGCUGUGUGCUGGUCGCUGAUAUGUUCUGCAAUUGCCGUUCACUUUAAUAAUAUACCUGUUGAUAUUUUCCUGAUAAUGGUGUUUUUUUAAACAGUUUCGGCCAAAGAAAGAAGAGUCCUCCGGCAUGACCCUAAGCUGUCUUUUUCGUUUUGCCGUUGCGUUCCCUGCUGCAUGUAUCCAUCAAACACAUAGAUUCAUAUUGGUACUACGAUCACUAGCAUCACCACCAGUUUUUUAUCUCUACCGUCCCUGUCUGCAUGCCAUGACGGUCUAUCGUCCUUACAGCAUCCACUCUACCAGUCUAUGUAGUGCUUAUAAGCAAUACUUAUUAUAAUUGUACAUAACACAUCGGUCUGGUACAUGACUGUAAUCUAGAAUAUCUCUGUCUGUAGAACCUCUUCUAAAAAUACUUUUCCUCUCCUCAAAAAUAACUGCAAAUGGCACGCUUCAUACCUAAACCCAUUUAUAUCACGAAAGACAAUGCAACAUACUGUGUAGUAAUUAUA